CUUACUUCGAAUAAGCUGCAGUAAUACUAUUACAAUUACUGAAAUAACUUCGGCGACACUGCGACUGGCGGCCAUAACCGUUGACUGCGAGCCUUGACUCGCGGACAUUACUUGAAUCCAUAUGGAUGUCGCACUUCGCAUGUUUUUGGGGGCAGCAGUGGAAGCAUCACCGCUUGAAUAGGGUGCAGCAUCGGCCGCACCUAGACCCGAAUUAAUAUCCCAUUUCUUAGCAAGCAUUACCUCUAGGCCAUCCGUAUGCCACCAAAGGCACGGCGCGCGACAGCUGCGGCGCAGACGGCUGCCAGAAGCCCUCCCGCUGCAGUCCCACACAGCAUUGCACAUGCCGCAACGUGCCUUCUGCAUGGACUUCACAACCCUGGCAUCGACGAAAAAGACAGCAGUUAUACCCGCAGGAAGGUUGCUGUUCAGGCCCUAAACGACCUGCAGAGUUACCAUGCUAAGCGGAAGACAUCCGGCGCUCAAGGCUGCGGCCGGUCACUGCUAUAUUUAGCGGCUAGCACCGACCGUCGCACGACAUCUGGGUUGCUGGCCCUGUUUGCGCUUGCGCUGCGCAAGUCCUCGUCCAACGGCUCGAUGGCUACCGGCAGCAGCCCCACAUCAGCAGCCAACAGCGCACCGAUGUCAUCAGCUGCCGUUCCUGCAGGCAUGUUUGAAUCAAGCUUGAAUCUCACAGACGAGGAAUUCAUCAGCGCGCGACGAUUGCUGGCAAAAGACGUUGCCCUGCUUUGCGGUCUGCCAGACCCGCAACCGACAAGCGACAACCCUUCACCGCCGCCCUCGACACCUCUGCCUCUCGAAACCCUGGAGCCAAUACUGCGCGCACUCCUGACUGCCGAUACACUUCCGUGCUACAGCCGUCUGAUAUCCGCAUCGUAUCAGGAGCUACAGCAAGCACCAGCCGGCCCUUCGUCCCGUGUCGUCCGGGACGCUUUCGAUCUGCUUCAAGAGCUAGGAGAACUCCUGAUGGGCCUUACCCUCGCAGUCAAGCGCUACAGCUUUUCUCCUCCUCUGCCGCGGCUUCCCGCCUCCGGGACGACUGUCGCUAUGAGUCCAAUCAGUUCCAACACAGCAGUGCAAGGCACCGAGUGUCGUGCCGCGCCUAGUGGGCAGGAGGCUAGGGGUUCUAGCACCGGAGGCGGCGCAUGCAACAUGAGUAGCAUCAGCGGUGGCAGCGGCAGCGGUGGCAGCUUUGCUGCUUCCUCCAGCGUGGUGCAGCUCUUCCACUCUCAGCUGCAAAACAGUAACCUGCUAGAGCAUGUGACGCGGCUGUUGCUGCAUGCGGCGACCCAUGCAGGCAGCAGCAGCAGCGCUGCCGGCGGCCCGCCAACCCCUCAGCGUCAGCAAGCGCAGCAGCUGCUGCAGUUGCGGCAGGGGCAGCUAAGGCAGGCCGUAAGUCUCAUGCGCGGCCUCGCAACCCUGCUGGAGGUAUUGCCGGUGGGAGCGGAAGCGUUGUCGCCGCUGCCGCCGCCACUGGUGCCGCCAUCUUCGUUGCCAAAGGCGGCAACAUGCGACUCGGGACCCCGGCUCAAUAACGGUUUGCCGAACACUUUGCCGUACACAGCCUCGGCUGACGCGCUGUCGUACACUCUGCCGCACUCCCUGCCGUUCUCGGCCGCCUCCGGCCCCUGCGUGCAGUGGCUGCUGCUGAGCCACACGGUGCAGCUCUGCGCCGCUGCGGAGGAGGGCCACGGUGAGAGAGACGGGGACGGAGGUGGCAAACUGUACGGCAUACCUGCAGACGCACUGCAGCUGCCCCUUUGGGGCGAGGAUCACCAGAGCGGCAGCUGCAGCGGGCUGGUUCAGGUGCGGGUGCCGCCACCGCCGCCGCGGCCCCCGGCGAGCUCCUCACCCACCGCCGAGGGAGGUCAAGGCGGUCAGCAAAGGACGCAGGAAGAGCCGGCGAAGGGAGAAGCUUCUGGAGGCAGCCGACAGUCGAAGCGCAAGGGCGGAGGGGGUGCUAACGCUGCGGGGGCUCCCGGGGCGCAGCCGCCGCUGGCGGUAUCUCCGGAGCUUGUGCUGUGCGCGCUGCGCCUGUGGCGGGUCCCCUUGGGUCUGGAGAGAGCUGCAGCGCACCAGCAGCUACCCGACCACCAUCCCUGGCACCUCUCAAGCGUACCCAGCGCAGACCCGCAGCGGCUGCCGCAGCUCCAGCCGCGCAUGCUGAAGCCCCACAUGUUGCACCGCAUGUGCAUGCGACUCGCGCGGCUGGGAGAGCGCCAGUGGUGCGCGCUGGCUGCCCCAGCUGGCGAAGCAGCAGCAGCAGCUGCACCGGCGGCGGCGGCGGCAGGGCAGUUGAGAGGUGGUAAAGCGGCCCGCGCCGCCUGCACGCAGCAGCAGGCUUCUCAGGUCCGCUUGGCCGAUGCGCCUUUGGUCGAGCUCGUGGUGGAGGCCCUGCGGACGAGUCGACAGGUACUUCGUCCCUACUGGGAUGUUCGGCAGCCUUGCUCAUCUGCACCCGUAUCCGCAACCUCCGCCGCCUCAACCUCAGCACCUUCAGCACCACCUUCGACUCCCUCUGCUGCAGCUUCUGCGGCGAUGUCGCAGCGGGAGCAGCAGCACCCGUCCGAUGCCAUGCGGUGGCGUGUUGGGGAGUGGUGGACGGUUCUGUGCGCGCAGCUGCGGGGGCUCGCAACGGCAGCGUCUUGCUCAUCCUCCUCGUCAUCUGUGUCGUACGUGGAUUCGGCAACGAGCCUGUUGGCGCUGGUACGGCUGGAGAGCGGCAGCAGCAGCGGCAGCAGCAGCUGGCGGGGGAAGGCGCAUGGGAGCGGUGGCGCUGUGGGAGGAGCAGGCCUCCUCUGCAUCCCGCCGGCACCCUCCUCCCUGGACGUCUCCGCUGCCCUGUCUGCCGGCCUGCCAGAUGCAGUGGAAGCCCUCCUCCGCAGCACUGCCCGACUGCUCCCCCGAGAGCCGCGCUUUCUGGUUGCCGCCCUGGGGCCCCUCCUAGGCAAUCCCACGCUGUGCCGGCAGACGCUAGCCUUCGCCGACCCACAUCAGGUGGCAGCACUCAUGGUCACGACGGCAAAGGUACUGCGAGUCCUGGCGGCCAAAUGGCGUACGGCAGGUGCUAAGACCGAUGUGGGUCGUACGAAGGACGAGAAGCAACAGGCGUCGGCUGCUGGCGGCAGCAGCAGUAGCAGCGGUGAUGGGAAGGUGGUUCCGGAUUGGCUACGACAUGCGUGGGAGGGUCUGGCGGCGGUUGGGCCGUUGCUAGCAAUGGGCGCUGGGGAGGCGUGGCUAGAGGGGGAUGCAUAUGAUGUGAGUUGGACGUAUGGUGGCAAGAAAGCGGACGUCUUCGGCGCUGCUAUUGAGGGUGGCGGCAACAGCAACGUCAAACCUGUGACCGCUGCUGCGGUCCGUAGCAGCAGCGAAGGACAACGAAGCCGGGAUGGUGGUGAAGCGCAUGAAAUCUGCAGCAGCGGCGGCGGCGGCGGCGGUGACGGCCGCGCUACCGAUGUCAUGAGCUGCAGCAGCAGUAACCCAGCCCACAGCAGCGACAACAGAAGCAGCAGCAGUGGCAGCGAAGUUGCAGCUGCUGACACUGGCCCCGAGCCCAAUGACGAGCACGCCAGAAGCAGCGGUCAUGCCUCCGGCAACCCUUCAUGCCAGGACCCACCCCAGCCAGAAAGCAGUACGGCAAUUACCAGCCAAGACGACGCAAGCGGUUCUCCUGCGGUCGUGACCCAUGGGUCGGUACCAGCCCAUGGGUCCAUGGCUGCCGCAACACGCGCUGCGCUACCUCAUGUCACGCAGAUGAUGCAGCUCCUGGCAUUCGCAGCAGUGCACCUGCUUCCGGAUGCGCUGAAGGCAGCCAACGCGCUGUUUGAGUGCAAUCCGGAUGCAAUCAACGUCCUGCCGCCGGCCCAACGCUGUUUGGAGUUCUUAUCGGCGGGUGUUGGAAUGGUUGCGGAUAACGGGGUAAUGCCAUUGCUGGCUGAGCCAGGUGCGCGCCGCGACGGCGACGAUGGUGGCGGUGGCGGAGGAGCAGUGGCGGCGGAGGGGCGGGGCAGGGCAGCAGGCGGCGUCGAGGGGGGCUUGCGUGGUGAGGCCGCGGCAGGGGCUGAUGAGCCGGCGGCGGAGACUGCCGACGGCAGCGGCGUGGCAGCGGUGGCGGCGAUGGCAUCAGCGGAAUGGCGCCGGGUGUUAGUGUGCAUGGACUCUCUAGACCUCGCAUUCCGGCACAUCGAAGUUCCUCGCAUUUCACAACUCGACGAUCAGAUGCUUUUGGACUUUGUGAACGAACAUGGGUUACAGGCCUUAGAGGAUCAAUGGGCCCGCAAAAUAGGCAAGCCGGAUCGCCAAGGCGGCCGGAGACGUAACCUGCUGGUAAUCAGAGUGUUCUCGUCGCAGGUUGAAAACGCUGAAGCGUGCAAUGGUGGCAGCUGCUCCGCCAAGGAGACCGUGGAACGCUUAAUCGCUUGCAAGGAAGGAACGGAGCCUGACUGGCCAUACGGGAGGCCCCCGUGGGAAGACGUCUGCACGCGGCUGGAAGCUCUAAUUGCGGACCUCAGGGUUUGUCUGUCUGAAGCCAGCAGCUCGGGCUCUCGCGGCCCACCUGCAGGUGGCUCCGGCUCCGCUGCUGCUGCUGCUGCGAUCCCAGAGCCCCCACCGGCCGCGUCCUCCCCACCGCCGUCACAAUCGCCAACAACCAAGCAACCAGGCCCGCUUGACCCCAGCAACAGUAAUGGUGACAGCAACGAUGGUGGUAUCGAUAGUGGUGGUGAUGACGCCUCCAUGCAACCCGAACUGCUGAUGAGGCCGGAUGGCACGCUGGUCCUGCCUGCUCCCAGCACGCUGCGGUGGCUCCUGAGCCCCUGCUCGAAUCCCGGCUGCAUCAACUGCAGCGGAAACAGCGAGGCGGUUCUGAUGGCGGGUGGUGGGAGCGAGGCAUGUGGCGGGGGUUGUGGGGCGGUGAGGUAUUGUAGCACGGUGUGUCGGAAUGCACACUGGGCUUCGG